AUGGCUCAGAUUCCGAUUCAGUACCAGAAAAUUCUUCCAUUCGACAAAAUGUUGAAACACGUAUACAAGAAUACACCAGCAAGUAUUAAUGAUAUUUGCAUUAACCUCGUCUCUGAAGUAUCUAAUGAUGACAACAAACAUAAACAACGAACAACGAACGAAACAUUUUGUGAACCACCAAACGAAUCGUCUAAAGAUUUAAGUGACUUUCAUAAUCCUCAGCACAGCAGUAAUUCAGAUGAAGCCCUACGAAUGUGGGCGCUUCGUCACAAUAUAACUCAUCAUGCUUUAAAAGAUUUACUUAUAUUGAUCAAACAACAAUACCAUGACGACAACCUGCCUUUGGAUCCAAGAACCCUUCUUGAAACUCCACAAAGUACCGGUAAACUGUGCAUACCGAUAGGGGGUGGUAAAUAUUGGCAUCACGGAUUUAAAGCAUGUUUGGAGAAAUGGUUCAAAAAUUUAUCUACUGAUAUUAUGAUUAGUAUCAAUAUUAACAUUGAUGGUUUACCCGUACAUAAAAGCUCUAAGUUUCAACUUUGGCCAAUUUUAUGCAACGUUCAUGAAUUUCCUUACUUGCAAGCAUUGCCAAUAGGAAUAUUCUAUGGGAAGAGCAAACCUACAGACGUCAACGAGUUCCUAACACCUUUCGUAGAUGAAAUCAUUCCUUGUCUAGAAAAUGGCAUUGUCGUUAAUGAUCACACUAUCAGCAUAAAAUUGAGAUGCUUCAUCUGCGAUUCUCCAGCGCGAGCUUUCGUCAAAGGAGUCGUGAACUUCAACGGAAAAGAUGGAUGCCUGAAGUGUACAAUAAAUGGAGAGUAUUCUUAUUUGUCUCGCACGGUAGUGUUUCCUUCUCUCCAUUGUCCAUUGCGCACUGAUGCGAUAUUCCGUAGGAAAGGUUAUGGGAAGCAUCACACCACUCAGGAAUCACCUUUACAAAGAAUUCCAGGCCUCGAUAUGAUCAAGGAUUUCGUGGUUGCCGAUCCAUUGCAUCUAUUAGAGUUAGGAGUCAUGAAACGCUUAUUAACAGGAUGGCAAGUGGGUAAUCUAGGUUAUACAGGAAAAUUCAGUAGUCAUCAUAUACAACGGUUGUCAGCUGCAAUAGAAAGCAUAAAAUUACCGAAAGAAAUCCAUCGCAAAAUGCGAGGUACCGAUUGCCUAUCUUUUUGGAAAGGCACAGAGUGGCGCACAUUUCUGAACUAUCUAGGGAUUGUAGUGUUAAAGGAUGUGUUGGAUGAAACAUUAUAUAAUCAUUUCUUACUUUUAUUUACGGCAGUAACAAUUUGUUCUACUGAUAUUCAUGUAGCUCUUCGACCUUUGGCACAAGCUCUUUUUGAAAAAUUUAUUGAGGAAUUCAUUAGAAUUUAUGGAGAACAGUACAUAACCAGCAACAUUCACAAUCUAGAACAUAUUGUUGGAGAUGUGAACCAAUUUGGUUCCUUAUAUACUAUAUCAGCAUACCCAUUCGAAAGCUUCUUAUUCCAAAUCAAAAACCUCGUCCGGCAGGGUAACAAUUGUUUAGAGCAAGUUGUAAACAGGAUGCUCGAGAGGAACGCGAUACACGAGAGAGGAGACAAAAUGUCCGAAAACAUUACUCCGAAAAUAAUCAGACGAGGAUCUUAUAUGCUUGGUUCUUAA